ACUCUCUGAGGCUCAACAGACACGUGUCUCUGGAUCAGACUGCUUGCUUACACGCCACUUGAGACUCUGUCAACAGCCUCAUGACUUUCCUCUGCUUUAAUCAAGUUCUUUCAAUAUUAUAAUUAGUAGGAGAACAAUAUAUAUGAGAUAAAUAAUUAGAAAUACAAGAAACUCACCAGAUACUCACAGAAGCAUAUUCAGCAGAAUCCGCGAUAGGUUCAAGCUUUGAGGCUCACCAUGCGUUACACCAUCCUCUUCUUUCUUCUGUUUGUUGUUGCUGUGGGGAAUGCCCUGCGCUGUAUGGUCCUAACUGAUAUAAAGAAGCAGCCAGAGAACUGUGGGAAAGGUGAAGUUUACUGUGUAACUUACAAAAUGAAAACAAGAGUGAAGAAGUUUUGUGCUACAAAGUUUGACUGCAAACGUAUUUCAUCAAUGGCUCUUCCUGGGGAGAAGGUUACCUGCUGUGAUAAAGACAUGUGCAAUGCGUGACACAAAUCCAGGAUUUCCAUGUGACUUGCUAAACAUCAUCCCAAAUAUUAGUCUUCUCUCCUCAUUUUCAUUCUCUCUAUUCUCCUGUAGUUACUGUGGUGCUACUUCGUCUUCUAAAUAAACAACCCAGAACAGCG